AUGUCGAAACGGUUGAGCAAAAGAAAGCAGAGAGAGGUCCAAGAGAUCCAGUCGCUCAGCGCUGCCGCGCCGCCACAAGAUGCGGUAGAGGAGGAGAGCGAAGAGGACACUCCCGGUCCAUCUGCCCCGGUCAAUGCAUUCGCAGCGCUUGGAGGGGAGAACGACGACGACGAGGAAGAAGAAGACGAAGAGCCCGACGCCCCUGCCGCUGCAACGAAAAAGGGCAAGAAGAAGAAUAAUAAGAAAAAGAAAAAGAAGGCCAAGGCGGCAGAUCCAUUCGCGGACUUGGACGAGGUGGACAGAGCAUUGGCAGAGCUCAAGCUGAGAUACGGCGAAGACGAAGUGGCAGAAGGCUCCUCGAUGGGGGUGGAGGGACCUGGUGACUUUCGAGGACAUCUUGCGUUCAGAAAUCUGCUGUCGGUAGACCCUAAGAAUCUGGAUGCCGAUGCCGAGCUUCGUCGAUUCUUUGGUUCUAAAGUGAUUGCUUCCUCGGCUCAACCUAACAAGCAUCGGGGAGGGCCAUCCGCCAAGCUACGCUAUACCAUCUCCAAGCCCAAACCUCAAUAUCCUCCUGCCAACUCUCUCGCUGGUCUCGUCAUGCGAGAGAUGACCACGGAGGAAGUAGAAGAGACUUGUGAUAGAAGGGACAGAGAUCUUGUAGACAAGGGCGAAAAGUGGUUUACAUUCGAGCAUAUUGGGGUUUGGCGGGAAGUCGAAAGGCAGUUUAUGGGGGCGGUCCGAUCGCAUGAUCCAAAUCAGCUCAUGGCUCUGCUACAGGUGUACCCUUGGCAUGUGGAUACAUUGCUCCAGAUGAGCGAAGUGUAUAGACUUCAGUCUGAUAUCGGAGCUGCCUCUGAUUAUGCCGAGCGAGCGUUGUACGCCUUUGACAGAUGUCUUCUGCCUUCUUUCAACGUCCUGUCUGGUGCAUCCAGAUUGGACUUCGACAGGGUUGAGAAUCGAGCAAUGUUUACCGCUCUGCAUCGUAUCAUAUCUUAUCUCGGAAGGAGAGGAUGUUGGGUUACAGCUUUCAACUUUGCCAAGCUCCUCUUUGCGUUGGAUCCUGAGGGCGAUCCUCAUGGCGCCGCAUUCUGGCUCGACUUUCUCGCCAUUAAAUCUGGAAACGCAGCUUGGCUCAUUUCCAUGAUUGACCAAGGCGACCACCACCCCGCGGCGGCCUCAUGGUACGCCUACCCCGGUAUGGCCUUCGCCAAGGCCCUCGCCUUGCGUGUGGAAGAAGACAAGGCCAAGAGCAAGGAUCAUACCAACAGUGACGAGGCACUGAGGGAAGCAAUCACCGACUUCCCGCAGAUGGUGGUGCCUCUGGCUGACAAGAUUGGCGCGAGCCUGCCUGCUGGGGUCAGGAGCGAGCCUUUGCUCAAGGUCGAGGCUGCUUGGGAUGAAUCACCGACCAAUGUGAUUCAUCUCCUCUCGCACAUCUAUGUCGCUCGAUCAGAGGCUUUGUGGAAAGAGGCCGACAAGAUGGCGUGGUUUGAAUCUCAAGUGCUUCUAGCUCUCGCAGAGCUUCACUCGCCUGCCUCCAAGAUGGCCCGAGACGACAUCCUUGCUCUUGUCCAAGCGCCUAGGGAUCCUGUAGACGACACCAUCAACGUCUCUCUCUUCAUCUGCCGACACGUCAUGUGCUCUGAAAACACUUCCUGGCUAGGCUUCCUUCCACCGCUCAUCACCGCCCGUUCGUUCAACUCUUUCGACCCGCUCCCUCCCACCACUGCGAUCUCAAUGUACGACGACGCCUACUUUGCGGGCAUCCGACCCCAGCGCCGCGGCGCGGCCGGGUCUGGCGCAAGCGGACAGGAGGAAGGAGCGUGGGGGAUGAUGAAUGGCUUCAUCCAGCAGGUCUUUGAUAUCAUGGAACGCGAGCCGGAGAAUUGGAGGCAGAGAGCACAGGGUGUGUGGGAUCAGCUUACGAGAGAAAACAAUCUGGGACGGAUCCCAGAGGAAGACAGGCAAAAUAUGUUCCAGGGUUUGAUGCAGCUCGCAGAGAAUAUGGCGGAUGGACUGAGAGCGCAAGGUGGUGAGGCUGGUGGCAGAAUGCCGGGCAUGUUUCCCGGGGCUGAAGGUGAUGAAUGA